UAUUCAUGCUGUGAAAUGACAGCUGACCUCAAAAGGUUAGAUGAAGAAUUUUCUGGGAAAAUCAGUAGGGAAAAAAAUAAUUCUGAUUUGAAUUCAUAUCUGUAUGGCACUUUUAUUCUUGGGCUUAUCUUAGGUUUGUUAUUUAUGCAGUUUGUCAAUGAUCUGCACGCGCUCAUUAGUCCAACUUCUCCUGGAACACCCCUUCCCCUUGUUUUGCUGGGAAAGUCCAAAAAUGCACUGUUGUCUACUUUCUUGUUUCUGGAUCAAAUUGUCUGGCUCAGUAGGACAGGCAUUUAUAAGAACAAAGAACGUGCAGAGCUAAUUGGCAGGAUCUCUCUUUACUGUUGGAUGGGUUCCUCAAUCUGCACUACCUUGGUUGAGGUUGGGGAGCUUGGAAGGCUUUCUGCAUCAAUGAAGAAAUUAGAGAAGGAUCUGAAGGAAAGUGAUAAACAUAAGAAUGAUCAGUACCGUAGUAAACUUCAGAAGUCGAAUGAGAGGUCAUUGGCCCUGAUUAAAGCAGCCAUGGAUAUAGUGGUUGCGGUUGGGUUACUUCAACUGGCACCCAAGAAAGUCACUCCCCGUGUUACUGGAGCCUUUGGAUUUGUUACUUCUUUCAUCUCUUGUUAUCAGUUGCUUCCAUCACCACCGAAGACCAAGACAGCCUGAAGGAGGGAAUGCUUACUCGACUCGACGAUGCUUCGAUUCAUUUGAAUAACCGUUUCAGAGGUGCGAAGCCUAUCCACGUUAGUAAUAGUAUAGGGUUUUUUGAGCAAUUUGCUCUCAAAUGGGGGUGACAUUGAAAUUUCACAUUGUCUAGCAACUCUGUUCUCAAUGUUGGUGUUGUUCCCUUGCAAUAGUAGUAGUAAUAAUGUGUUUGUACCUCUUAUUCUUAUAUUGAAAACAAUAAUUGGUGUCUACUCCGUUUGCAUUAUCUUAAAUUCAUGAAGGGAUUUGUGGAGAGAGAAAAGUAAAAUAUUUGUGAA